AAAAGCCAGUUGACGUAGGCUAGCUAACGUUAGCUGUCAGCCGGGUGCAGUCAUUGUGCAGGGAUGGAGGUGACACGCCGAAAUUUCAAAGACUGUUUAAACGCGGUGUACAGCGCGAUAGAGGAGGCAGACUUCCUUGCCAUCGAUGGAGAAUUUUCAGGAAUAAGCGACGGUCCUAAUGUCAGUGCACUGACCAACGGGCUGGACACACCGGAGGAGCGGUACACGAAGCUGAAAAAGCACUCCAUGGACUUCCUGCUGUUCCAGUUUGGUUUAUGCACAUUCAAGUACGACCAGACAAAGUCAAAGCAUAUCAUAAAGCCUUUUAAUUUUUAUAUAUUCCCGAAACCGUUCAACAGGACGUCCCCUGACAUAAAGUUCAUCUGUCAAAGUUCUAGUAUUGACUUCCUGGCCAGUCAGGGUUUUGACUUCAACAAGGUGUUCUGUGAUGGAAUCCCCUACCUAAAUCAAGAAGAGGAAGCCCAGCUGAGGGAGCAGUCAGAGGAGAGGAGAAAUCAACAUGCCAACGGUGUCGGAACCCCGUCCUUCAUCUCCCCAUCCUCCUCCAAAGGCCCGGCACAUGUACCUGACGAACACAAAGACUUCAUCAACAGAGUCAUAGAGAAGGUUGAGGGCCUCUUCACUAACUCAGAGAAGACUUUGGACUUGGAGCCAUGUACUGGAUUUCAGAGAAAGCUCAUAUACCAGACACUGAACUGGAAGUUUCCUAAGGGGCUUCACGUGGAAACCAUCGAAACAGAAAAGAAGGAGCGAUUCAUCCAGGUCAGCAAAGUAGAUGAAGAGGAGAGGAAGAGGAGGGAGCAGCAGAAACUGGAGAGAGAGCAGGAGGAGCUAAAUAAUGCUGUCGGCUUCUCCAGGGUCAUCCACGCCAUCUCUAAAUCUGGUAAACUUGUGGUUGGCCACAACAUGCUGUUGGAUGUGAUGCAUACCAUCCAUCAGUUCUACUGUCCUCUGCCGGAGGAUCUUCAAGACUUCAAAGAGGUCACGAUGUGCGUUUUCCCAAGACUUCUGGACACAAAGCUGAUGGCAUCCACUCAACCUUUUAAGGAGCUGAUCACUAACACCUCUCUGGCAGAGUUGGAGAAGCAGCUGAAGGAGAGUCCUUUCAAGUCACCACAAGUUGAAACGGCAGAGGGGUUCCACAGUUAUGACACAGCCCAAGAACAGCUCCACGAGGCUGGGUACGACGCCUACAUCACUGGCCUCUGCUUCAUCUCGAUGGCCAACUACCUGGGCUCUUUCUUGACUCCACCCAAAGCUUACAUCUCGGCUCGCUCCAAACUAAUCGAGCCUUUCUUCAACAAGCUUUUCCUGAUGAGGAUAAUAGAUAUUCCCUACCUCAACAUCACAGGACCAGAUUUGCAACCUAAAAGAGACCAUGUCCUGUAUGUCACCUUCCCAAAAGAAUGGAAGACUAGUGACCUCUACCAGCUGUUCAGUGCCUUUGGAAACAUCCAGGUUUCAUGGAUCGACGACAUGUCAGCAUUUGUGUCCCUAAGUCAGACAGACCAGGUACAGAUAGCUAUGAACACCAGCCGCUAUGCAGAAAGUUACAGGAUCCAGACGUAUGCAGAGUACAUCCAGAGUAAGCAGCAGGACAAGGAGAAGGCCGGCCAGACGGCCAAAUCAUGGGGAGAUGACGGUUGGGUGAAAUCUCACUACACCUCUUCCACUACCUCUGCUGGUUUUGGAUACCCCAGGGGUUUGAGGAAACGCAGCAUCAGUCCCGUCCAGGGGGAGCAGGGGACCGGAGAGGCUCUAAUUACAGAUGGCUGGAGUCACUACUCAUACCUGGAUAGCACAGGCAGCAAGAAGAUGAAAACUGAUGACCGAAGUGGACAGGCGAACACAGAAGCUGUUGAGAGCAAGACAUCAGAAGGAUGGUUGAAGACAUCAGAUUUGUCAGAUUCAGCGGGGUUGAGUCUGGUCCCUGACGACGAGGAGGAGGAGGAGGAUGAGGAAGAGGAGGAGGAGGAAAAUCCUGAGGGAACCGAUCCCACUAAUGAUGCUGAGGGUACGGUCACCUGGCAACAAGCCAGGACGAGGAAAGGUCAAAAGAACAAGAAAAAGAAGUCUGAAGGUGCUGGAUCUACGUCACUGUUCGAGGUCCCAGAAGUGUGGUAGCGAGAGGCGAGGGGUGGAGAGUCCACUGUCCCACACUGAGCUCCUGCUCGGAGUCUCUUCGUAAGCACUUGGGGGCGCUCUCCUCUCUACAUCGCUGGGAGUGGUGCACGCCCCGAAUUCAUUCGUUCACUCGACAGCUGUGGAUACCGUGUCCAGAGCCACCAGCCAAGCUACUUGACUGGACUAUUGAAAGAGAGAACACAAGCCAUAAACGACAGCUGCCAUAUUUUGAUCUUGUACCAGAGGAGCAGGCAACUCUUCUGAGUAAACACACGCACACACCACUAGCAUUUUAAAAUCGAAACUCCUGAAAUCUUCAUUUCUUCUGAGUUCAGACUGGAAUCUGCCACCACAACCGUGCUAUCACUUUGAACUCAAUCAUCAGUUUUAACGACGGUCACCUCUAAUCAGUCUUACGUUUUGUGAGUGUGGGUUCUGUGCGAGUUUGUGCAUGUGAGGGAGAUGUAGAUUUUCUCCAGUCUUUGUAUCCCCGUGAAGAAAAAUACCACUUGACAGGUCCUGUAGUUCACGAUGUCUGGGUUAUUUAGUAUUUUAAUGCAGUCAAAUAUUUUUCCCUAUUUUAAACAAAAAGGUUCUUUCAACUUCCCCAGUUUUAUUAAACAUAUAUAAGCUUAUCAAUGAUCAUGUGAUGUUUAUUAUUGGUGGCAUUUUGAUCCUUCAUGAGAGGUGCUUAUGUGUUUUGUACAGAAUUGUUUUUCUUUACUGUUUUGUGUUUAAUGUUUUGUAACCGUUUCAACCUGCAACAAUGUCAAAGUAUGUUCACAUGCGAAAGGUGUAAACGUUAAGAUGACUGAUACAUUUUUGUAUAAGAAAGUUUUAAAAAUCCUUAAAAUAUUUCCUUGAAAAGGGGAAAAAAAAUUAAAGAAUGUUUC